AUAUAUAGAAUGAAAGUGUUUUAUUAAAGUUUUUUUAAAAAACAUUUUUUUAACAAAAAGAUUAAAAGGUAAGUUUUACUAGAAUUUGAAUAAAAUUUUAAUUUAAGAAAGAUAAUUUUAUCAGGUUUUUCUGUUAAGACCUCUAAUGAUAUUUGACAGGUCAUUAUUUAAUUAGUUUAAUUUGAAAUUUUGUCUAUUUUAAAUAGUUUUGAAAUGACGAAAGUUUCACAUAUUUGUCCAAUUCAUAAUCGGUGUUGUACGGUGGUAUCGUAGUAUGUUGUAAUUUUUUUUUAUUAUGGAUUUGUUUUUGUUUCAAAAAAUUUUAUUUGAAAAAUUUUUAUGACCUACAAUGAUACAACAUCCAUUGUGAAUUGUUCAAUUUAUUUUAGAUAUCUAAUUUAUUUCGAUAGUUUUGUUUUUUUUUUCCUGAAAAUUCUGAACACUUUAACCUCAGAACGGAAAAUAUGAAAAGUACUGAAAUAUGACUUAUUCAGGCUUUAGACUUUUCAGUCAUAACUUAAAAAAGUACCUAAAAAUAUAGCUCUGAAAGUGAUUUAAGUCUUAAUCUUAUUUAAAUAUAUAUUUAUUAAAAAUAUUGCACACUUGUUUGGUUGUAGAUAAUUCCAAAUAAUAAACGUAAAUUAAGGUUUUUAUGACACAAAAAUUGAGAAGAAUAUAAACGUAAUUUCAAAUUUUGUAUGUAGAUCGUUAUAAUUGAAUGUACAUACAUAUUUAGCGGAGAUGAUCAUGUGAAUAGAAAAAUAUUUCAAGUAAACAUCUGUGUGUUAAAUGAAUUGGUAAUAAAACUUUUAAAAAUCCUUAAAAAACGUUUAGAUAAUAACUUUUUUGAACUUUGUUUAAGUUAUUAUCACAACUAAAGUUUUAACAGUUCCAUAUUGACAAUUUUAUUUUUAUAAAGAUAUUGGCCCCAAUUUAAAAUUUCAAUUCGAAUCGAAAUUUUCUCCGUUUAGCAAUUUCGGUAUUCUGCAUUUCGAUCCGACUCUCCGCCACAUAAACAACAACUUACAAAAACGUAGGUACGUUAGCGUAAUCGAAAUGCAGAAUAGAGGUGAUUGAAAUUGAAUUGAAAAAAAUGUUUGUCAUAAUUAAAAACGUUUAAACAUAACCUAUAAAUCUAAUCAGUGUUGUUAAAUAACCUUUUUUGUAUUUUAAAUAUAACCGUUAAAAUACAUAUGUUUUAAAAAAUUUACAUAAUUUAAGACUUUUAAAAAUAAACAAAAAUUACUCACCUCACCUACUCAUCACCGUGGAUAUUCAUUUAUUAUCAUUUUGUUUAAUUUUAAGUUCAAGUCUGCGCUUAAUAAAAUCAGUUCACAUUGAAAUGUAUUUGAGGCAAAGUUUAGUUUUUUGUUUACUAACCAAUUGCCUAGCAGAAAUCUCUGCUGCUUUUCAAGGCAAAUUACCCAAUAUUGUGCUUAUACUCAGCGAUGAUCAAGAUGUUUUCUUAAAUGGUCUAACGCCCAUGACGAAUGUUAAAAAUUUUAUUGGCUUAAAAGGAGCCACAUUUGAAAAUGCUUUUACCACUUCUCCUUUAUGCUGUCCCUCACGUGCCAGUUUACUUUCGGGUCAAUAUGUUCACAAUCAUCGUACUUUUAACAAUUCCCUAGAAGGUGGCUGCAACGGUGUACAUUGGCUUUCUCAAAUAGAAAUGGAAACUCUUGCUCCUACUCUAAAAGCAGCUGGUUAUACAAAUUUCUUUGCUGGCAAAUAUCUUAAUCAAUACAAAGGGGCCGAAGUGCCCCAAGGUUGGCAUAAGUUCUAUGGUCUUCAUGGCAAUUCUCGCUACUACAACUAUACCCUAAGGGAAAAUAUGAAAAAUAUUAGCUAUAGUAAUGUUUAUUUAACCGAUUUGUUGCGUUCUAAAGUUAAGAGUUUCAUAAACUCACAAGAAGAUCACACACCCUUUUUUGCCAUGGUGGCACCGCCAGCUCCACAUGCACCCUACACACCAGCUGAACGUCAUCGUAAUGCUUUUUCGGGCCAAGGGGCUUUACGUACUCCCAAUUUUAAUGUUAUAGACAAAGAUAAACAUUGGUUGGUUUCCAAUACGGAAUUAAUACCUAAUAUUACUUUGAAUUUAAUCGAUAGCUUUUAUCAGAAACGUUGGGAAUCUUUAUUGGCUGUAGAUGAGCUAGUAGCAGAUAUAGUUUAUACUUUGGAACAAAAAGAUAUAUUGGAAAAUACUUAUAUUAUAUAUACCUCUGAUAAUGGUUAUCAUAUGGGUCAAUUUGCCCAGCCAUUCGAUAAACGUCAACCUUAUGAAACCGACAUUAAAAUACCAUUACUUAUAAGAGGUCCUACAAUACCAGCAAAGGUAAAAAUAACUGCUCCUAUAGCUCUAAUCGAUAUAUUUCCCACUAUUUUGGAAUGGCUAGGAUUGCCUUCCAAUCCCCACAUUGAUGGCCAGUCCAUUAAUGCCUUUUUAGCCAACGCCCCGGAAUAUGAUGCUGCUUCAGAUCGUUUUUAUAGACGCAGUCUUUUGGUGCAACAUUUUGGCGAAGGUAAUUUAAAUACCUACAAGCCAGAGUGUCCCUGGUCAAGGACAGAUCUUUUGGCGGAGUGUACAGUGGAGGCAGCUUGUCAUUGUCAAGAUUCCUGGAAUAAUACCUACUCCUGUGUACGCCAUUUUGGUUAUCAAACCAAUCGUUUAUAUUGUGAAUUCCAAGACAAUGAGGGUUUUGUAGAGGCUUAUGAAAUAGACCAGGAUCCUUAUCAAAUGCAUAAUAUGGUUAAAGAUAUGCUACCCAUCGAAAGGGCUCUUUACAGCCUGGCCUUGGUUAAUUUGACAAAAUGUAUUGGCUCUUCCUCCUGCAGUGAUGUGAUUUUGUAA